AUACUUCAGUCGCUUUCAGAAUCAGCUGAAGGCAAGAGGAAGCACCACAGAGAGUCCCCCUUCAGCCUGUCUGACGUUUAUGAACUUGGCUGCCUAGGAAUCUCAAGGAGAUGAUGGCAGGAAUGAAAAUCCAGCUGGUCUGCAUGAUCCUCCUGGCUUUCACCUCCUGGAGUCUGUGCUCAGAUUCAGAAGAGGAAAUGAAAGCAUUCGAAGCAGAUUUAUUGACCAAUGUGCACACAUCAAAGGUCAGUAAGGCAAGUGUCCCCUCUUGGAAAAUGACUCUGCUGAGUCUUUGCAGCCUUAUAAAUAACCUGGACGGACAAGCUGAGGAAACAGGAGAGUUUCAUGAAGAGGAGCUUGUUGCAAGAAGGAAAUUCCCCAUUGCCGUGGAUGACUUUAGCUUGGAAGCAAUGCUGACAAUAUACCAGAUCCGAAAUAUCUGUCACAGCAGGGCCUUUCAACACUGGGAGGCAAUUCAGGAAGAUGUUCUUGAUAACGGAAAUGACAAAAAUGAAAAGGAAGAAGUUAUAAAGAGAAAAAUUCCUUACAUUCUGAAACGGCAACUAUAUAAGAACAAACCCAGAAGACCCUACAUACUCAAAAGAGAUUCUUACUACUACUGAGAAGUUAAAUAUUUUACUUCCAUGUGAACAUGACUUAUCAUUCUUUAAUUAAAUAUCAAAUUACAUCUGUGUGAAAAUGUCUCUUCUACAAUUGUGGUUUAUUUGAUGUGAUUUUUCUGAUUAAUAGAAAUUGGACUAAAUGUUUUCAAAUAAAUCUAGAUCUUGAGCAUGAUAUGUUGUGUAUAGCUGAAGUAGAUAUUAAUUAAGUCAUAUAUAGAAUAUUUUCUAAUUUGGCAAAGCACUUAAUGGGUUACUUAAACAGUCAAAAUGUUUGACAUUUUAAACCAAAUUGUGAGAGAUUAUAACAGUGCCCUACAGCAAAGUCUAGCCUAAAUAUCAUUAACUCCCCAAAAGUAACAGUACUGCUUUUGUUAUCUGACUGAAUGUUUUUGAGAGAUAAACAUGUUCUUUUCCAAUAUUCAACUCCUGAAUCUCUCAGAUAUGGGGAGGUAAUAGUGAUAAAAUAGGAUCAUCUUAAAAGGAUGAUCAAUGAACUAUUGAUAAUUAUGCCUAUCUUAAUAAAUAAUU